GUUUCGAAACAAACUUCAUGUUGAAGUAAAUUUCAUUUUUGACGUGAACGCAGUAGGAACUCUACGAGUAGCGAUUAAGAAUAACGUAAGAGGUACGGCGUGGCGCGCCUUUAACAAAAACAAUAUUAAAGAAUGGGAAGAUUAAAACAAGGCAGUGCAAUAUUUGUAAUAAUAUCAUUAUUAAUUGAAACAAAUGGUUUCUAUGUGCCUGGUGUUGCCCCUGUGGAAUUUAAAAAGGGACAAAAAAUUGAUGUUAAAGCAGUGAAAAUGACCAGCACUCAUACACAAUUACCAUAUGAAUAUUAUUCUGUUCCAUUUUGUAUACCAAAAAAUGGAACUUUUAUUUACAAAUCAGAGAAUUUAGGAGAAGUAUUACGUGGUGACAGAAUUGUAAAUACACCAUAUGAGGUAUUAAUGGCAGACGAUAUAAGCUGUAGAUUAUUAUGUCAUGGACCAUCUAAUCUUAUGACAUGGAAUGAAGAAGAGUCGCAACGUGUUAUAGAACGCAUUCAACAUGAUUAUACUGUGCAUUUGUUAAUUGAUAAUUUACCAGCAGCAACAAAAAAGGUUCAUAAAGAUACAAAUAACGUAAUCGUAUAUCAUGGAUAUCGUUUGGGUGGUAUCAUGAAUGACCAAUAUUACAUUAAUAAUUAUCUUAAACUAAAAUUAAGUUACCAUAGAUAUGGAGAAAAUGAAUUUAGAGUAGUUGGAUUUGAAGUAGAAGCUCGUUCAGUUGAUGUAAGCCAACUAAAGUUUGAUGGAAAUACUUGUAUAGUGCCCACACAUCCUCAGGCAAAUCCUCAAUUUGUUAGUCCCAAAGGAACCAAGCUUCUGUUCUUAUAUUCUGUGGAGUGGAGACAAUCUGAUGUGAGUUGGGCAAGUAGAUGGGAUAUAUAUUUGGGAAUGAGUGAUGUUGAAAUUCAUUGGUUUUCAAUCACCAAUUCACUGGUUGUAGUCUCUUUCCUUUCUGGGAUCUUAACUAUGAUCAUGAUUCGAACACUAAGGAGAGAUAUUGCACGUUAUAAUGCUGGUGAAAGUGACAGUUUAGCAGGUUUAGAUGAAGCAAUUGAAGAAACUGGAUGGAAACUUGUUCAUGGAGAUGUAUUUCGACCACCACCAAAUCCUCGAUUAUUUGCCGCUGUGAUAGGCAGUGGAAUUCAAAUAUUUUUUAUGGCUUUAAUCACAAUAUUUUUUGCUAUGUUGGGAAUGCUUUCUCCUGCCAGUAGAGGUGCACUUGGAACCUGUGCAAUAUUUCUUUAUGUGUCUUCUGGUGUAAUUGCUGGAUAUUUUUCUGCACGACUUUAUAAAACAAUGCGUGGUCGAAAAUGGAGAAGGACAGCAUUACUAACGGCAACACUGUAUCCUGGAAUAGUGUUUACUACCUGUUUCUUUUUAAAUUUCUUUAUAUGGGGAAAGCAUAGUUCUGGUGCAGUACCAUUUACAACAAUGUUAGCAUUAUUAUGUUUAUGGUUUUGUAUAUCACUUCCUCUUGUAUACCUUGGAUAUUUCUUCGGAUAUCGAAAACAACCUUUCACACAUCCCGUUAGAACAAAUCAAAUCCCCAGACAAGUUCCUGAUCAGUUAUGGUACAUGAACCCAAUACUCUGUACGCUAAUGGCUGGAAUUCUUCCGUUUGGCGCUGUUUUUAUAGAAUUAUUUUUCAUUCUAACAGCGUUAUGGGAAAAUCAAUUUUAUUAUCUUUUCGGAUUCCUCUUCCUCGUUUUCUGUAUACUUGUCAUUUCUUGUUCUCAAAUAUCCAUAGUUAUGGUCUAUUUCCAGUUAUGUGGAGAAGAUUACCGAUGGUGGUGGAGAAGCUUUAUUGUUAGUGGAGGAUCAGCUAUAUAUGUCCUAGCCUACUCAAUUUUUUAUUUUAUGACAAAAUUAGAAAUAACAGAACUAAUUCCAACACUUUUAUAUUUUGGUUACACUGCAUUAAUGGUAUUAACGUUUUGGUUAUUAACAGGUACAAUAGGUUUCUUUGCUGCUUAUGCAUUUAUUCGUAAAAUAUAUGCUGCUGUAAAAAUAGACUAGUCAAAUUAAUCAUUGGUGAAAUCAAUGAUUAAAGAAGGUAACACAUUUCCAAUGUUACAAAACAUAUUUAAUUACUUUAAAUUAAAUGUUAUGUAUUAAAUUAAAUGUAAUGUAUGAAACCAAAAUAGUACAAUAGUUUCAUUUUCGUUAGAUUAAUCUAAUUUGAUUAAAAAGAUGAGUAGUACAUUUACCAAAUAAUAUUCUUAAAUAUUAUAAAAUUAUUUUGUUUAUAACGAAAAAUAUGUAAAACUUACAAAUGAACAGAAAAAAGUUUUGAUUAAAGGUCGUGAUGUAUAAUUUAGUUCAUUGCAUUAUUAAUACAUAAUUUUCUUUUUUUAUCGUUUAUUACAUAUCUCAAAUAAAUAUUUCGUUAUUAUUAAAGUACUUAUAAUUUAUAAAACAGAGUACUGCUCACAUUCAGCGAAGAAUACAUACAUUCAUAUAAAGAAAAUGCAUAGACUAUAUUAAUAUUACUUCCUUUUAACAUAAAAUUAAAAAAUAUAUAAAAAUAUUAAUAAAUGUAAUAUUAAUUAUAGUCAAUGCUAAAUACAAAAAUAAUAUUAGUUCACAAUUAUUAUAUUUUUUAUUGCAAUAAAAUAACAAGUUUGCAAGUUAUAUCUGUAGACAUUUGUUACUAGACAUGUAUGCAUCGAAUGCAUAUAAUGUAACAUUAAGGAUGUAAAAUUAUGUCACUUACAUUUGGAUAACCUGGGAUGUAUAUUUCUCCGUAAUGUCAUGUCAUAUAAAAUGUUUAUUAAUUGUACGUAACAAUUCACUUUUGGACUAAUUAUGAAGAUCUAUAUUUUUAAUUAUUCAAGUAUUAUUCAAGUAUGUUUAGUAAAUCAGUAAUGCUACGGUGUUUUAUAUAUGAGAUCUUUGAUAUUGGCUGAUUAAAUAUAUAAGACAGAUAUAAGUUUUGUACAUGUUGCAAUGAUUAUAUUUGCGAUUUUUAAUAUUCUUAUAGUGUGUUAUAUGUAUUUAUACACAUUUUCCUUUCCAAUAGAGUAGUUUGAUAAAAUAAUGAAAAGAAGAUUGGAGUAUGUAAAGCGAAAUAGUAUUCAAUAAUUUAAUGCAGUUGAGAUGUGUUAUUGAUCUGAUUAAUAUAAUAAUGAGAAUAAAUAAUAUAAAUAUUUUAUACUUAGAAUAGUGUAAAUAAUAUGUAACUAAUAUUUUUAUCUUAUAUAUAUGAAGGUACACAUAAAAAUAUGAAUACUUUGAGCCUUAUAUUUUUAUGUUUUAGUUUGUUUAUAAUUAUUAUUUAUAAUCUAUUUACUGCACUUUUUAAAAUUAAUACUAAUAAAUAGAAACAUGUCUUUAUGAAACUUUAAUGAAACUUUAAAAGAUAAUGUCGAUUUUGUUUCAAUCUACAUUUUAUGAUAAAAUAUAUAAAUAUACACACUAUACUGAUAACAUAAAUUUUGAUCUCUGUAGAUUCCACAGGCAUGUAACAUUUUGAUACAGAAUAAUUAUUGGGGGUAAAUACACCCUGAAAUAUGAAUAUUACUUUAAGUAUGUAUAUGGUAAUAAAAUUAUGAAGUUAUAUUAAAUAGUUUUUUCAAAUGUGUAGAACUUACUAGUAAAAGUGAAGGAUUAUCCUUAUUACGCCAACUGAAAGAUGGUAUUGUAAAUUCUAAUAUAUCUUUUCUAUGUAUUCUUCUACAACCAUGAUGAGUGUGACCAUUAAUGAUUAGUCUUGGAUUCAAUAUAUCUAAAAGCUGUAAGUUAAUUUUCUAUAAUCUAUCUAUAAAUUCUAUAAAUUCUAUAAAAUUAAAAAUCUAUAAAUUCAAUUUUAUUGCAAUAAUCCUUGCAAAAUAUUUCAUGUACUUGCUCAGAUGCUUCCUUUGAUAAACAUUCCCAUCGUUCCCUAAAUUUGAUAUCUUUUAUUUCAUCUGGUGCUUGAUCAGGUUCAUUGCAAAUUUCAUCAGAUUCACGAUACAUUGGAUAAUGCUAUAAUUAUAAUUCAAAUAUUACGUUAUCGCUUUUAUUUUAAGAAACAUUUACUGACCUGUAAAAUAAUUGGUCUGCUGUAUCUCGAAAUUGCAUUAUCUUUGUUACAACUACUUCCCAUAUCUUUAGCACAUUUUAAAUGUGCUGAAAAAUAUUUUUAUUUAUACAUAAGUUUUAAUUCUCAUAAUUAUUCACUUCUCUAACAAAAAGUAAUCUUACUGGAAAUUUUAUUUAAUGCAAUUUCUGUUGGACGACACAAAAAGCACCCAUCUCCUUCCAAUGCCAUACUAUUAAUUAGGACAAAGUGAUUCCCUCUAAUACUAACUCUUUUCACACUUGGUGACUUCAAACCAUUUACGAAUCGUUGAUUUAAGUAUGGUGUAAUAGCUAAAGAAAUAUUUUUUUGCCAAAAAUAUCAUAUUCAUUUUAUAGUUAUAAAAACUAUUCAUAGUUUAAAAAAAAAUAUUUUACAAUACCAUAAUGAAAUCCAAUAUCAUGAUUUCCAGCAACAACAUAAAGAUGAGUGUGUUUAGGUACUGAAAACAAUGAAUGAAAUCUUUGUAUGUAUUGGUCAAAUUCUGCUGAACUACUCCACUGUCCUUCAUCAAAUAAAUCACCU